CAAUCAUAGUCAUGAUCACAGCAAUGUUGCUGCCAUGCACGUAACAUACGGCGGCAACAACUGCGGCAACAACGGCAUCAACAGCAUUUGCAAUCAGCAAAUCAGCAACUACAAUAACAACAGCCACAGCAAUAACAACAACAACAACAACAUGAGUGCAAACAGUUUCCUUGGCGCCGGCUGCAGCAGCAAUGGCAGCGUCAGUGGCAGCAGCAGCUUCGACUAUAUGGCCAAUGCGACUGCUGCAUAUGUGACACCAGCAACAUCAGCACUAGCAACAACAACAACAAUGCCAGCCAAUGUGAACACAACAACGAUGCUGUCUAAUUACUGCGAUGCUGCCACUAUGAUGAUGGCUGCUGCCGCUGUCAAUGCAAAUCAGUGCCUGCAACAACACCACCAGCGACUGCUGCUGGCCAGCACCAACAACAACAACAGCAACAACGAGCAUCUGGCAAUGGUCACUGCCACGGCAGCGGCUAUGGCCUCCUCCUCGUCCUCAGCGGGUUCGCUGUCAUCGGCAUCGGCAUCGGCAUCGUCGACACCGACAGCAACUGCCGUCGCGACAUCGCAACAACAGCAGCAACAGCAGCAGCAACAGACACUGCAGCAGCAGUCGCUGCCAUCUCCGCCAAAUUUAAUCGAUAUCAGCGAAGUUCCUCUCAUUGUGGAUGUCAAGUAGUGUAAUUAUUUAUGCAUAUUGAAAAAAAAAAAAAGCAAAACAAAAAAACAAAAAAUGUCUAAUGAAAAA